CUGUCCUUCUUCUCCUCUACCUCCCGAAAGCUUUCCCCCCAAAGCCGCUGAAGCUUCCCCCUUGAGAACCGGUAAAGAGCUUGAGUUUUCCUUUCCUUUCUUGAUGGAGAACAAGGUUUAAACCCAGAAAUUUCCUCCCAGCCACUUGCACGUUCUGCUCUUCUUCUUCCUCGCCCCUGCAACCCGAAAAAGAAGCCAGCCGCCAGCGACAUCUACCUUGAGAAAAUUGGUAAAGCUUGGUGAUUUUUCUCUUCCUUCUUGUUCAAGAACAAGCUUUAGGAUUUAGAACCCUCCCUCUAAAGCCAGAAAAUUCAGAUCUGUGGUUGCUUCUUCUUCCUCUGCUUCGGGUUACUGCUGGGUGGUUUGGGAGUCCGGUUUUGGUAAGAAAUAACUAAGAAAUCAUCUUUUAGCCUUGAUUUGGCUUGGGUUACUCUAAUUUCUAUUUUUGGUUCUUGAAUUGUUGGUAGUCCGCGAGUUUCCCCCUCCAAUUUCCGUUAGCCCUUUCCCCGCCAGGUCCGAUUCUGCUAGCUGGAAUUCUGGUUCUUGAGUGUUCUGUCACGCAAGCACUUGGAUUGAGUCUUCAGUUUAUGCGAGUGAGGUAAGUAAAAUUCUAGUAAUGCCCGUACAGUUUUUAAAAGCACGUUUUGACUUGUUUUUGAAGUGGUGGCGGGACUAAACCCGUUUUUUACAAAAAUGAGCAUGAUUGAUUUGAAAUAAGAUUAUUAUUCUUUUUACCGAUUUGAAGUGAGAUUUUUAUGCUUUUCAUUAAAUUGAGCAUGCCUACUUGAAAUUUAAUUAAUUGUCCUGAUGAUCUAAAAGUGAUUGGUGAAUUAUGAUUUUUCUGUUAACUUCUGCUUGUUUUGUCUCCGAUGUGGUCAUGUUAUUAGUGACCCUGCUAGUGGGGGUUUAUAAACGCUAGCACAUGUCGACAUGUUAUUGAUAGAAUCGGUUCGUUCGAGUGAUCCUGCUAGUGGGGGUUAUACACCAGCAAAUAGUGCGCCUGCUAGUGGGUGGUUUAUAACACUGGCCAUGACCUUUAGAGGAGACGUCUAUUUCGUUCCCGUACUGUAUCCGUUUUUUGUGAUUACACUUGUUGGCACGCUAUAAGUUUAAUAAGGGGCACUCCAUAUUUACGUACUGAGUUUAUCUCAUAGUUUUUCCUUGUCCACCAUUUCAGGAAGCGAAACCGAGAACGGGGAAACCACGGAAAGUGACGAGUUAGAAGGCUAGCCAUUUCGAGAUUGAUAUAGAUUUUAGAAAUAAAUCAUGUUUUUGUAAGAUAGAUUUUACCUUGCAUUUAUGAGAUCAAAUAGAUUUCGGUCAUUAGAUCAAUUGCUUGGAUUUAAGUCAUUUUGGAUAUAGAAAUAAAUUGAGAUGUUUGAUUUAAGUUAUGGAGUGGUAUCAGAUUGUGAUAUGAUUAAGUUCCGAGCCUUGUGCAUUUGUGGGACCCGCCUCACGAGUGCAUGGCGUUUGUCGUGUCUCGGAUUUAGGUUCUAGGGCAUGACAUUUUCUUUUGCUAAGGUUUUUUUCCCAUUGGGUUUUUUUGGCAAGGUUUUUAAUGAUGUAGUUUAACAAGUGUAUAAUAAAAGGUGAAUUUCCAAGGGGGAGUGUUUUGAAUCAAUUCAUGGUGGAUGUUUUCACCUUCUUCAUCCUCUCAUCUCCCUAGUUUCCAUGGCAUUUACACAACAAAUAAAGGUAUAACUUCUACUACUUCCAGGCAAUGACAAUGGUGAUUAACACCCCCAUGAUGCCAUGCAUUUAGACGGUGAUAAUGAGAUUCCUUGUAACUUCUCUAUUAGUAGGAGAUUAAUUCUUAUAACCUCCCAUUUAGUAGAGUGUUUAUUUCUUAUAACUCCUAGCAUCUAUUGGCCCUAUAUAUAGGGCUUGUACUCUUGCAAAUGUAUGGUGAACAAAUGGAGAAAAAAGCAAUAAAAAUAUAUUAUAUCU